CUGCGAGGAUGCAGGGUGGGAGCUGAGGUUAUUUAAAGAGGCUCAUCCAGUCAUCCAGAGAGACAUCACCGGGUCCUCAGCGUUGACUAACCCGCCUCUAGAUGCUCCUCGUCCCGCAGCGUGCGUCUGUCUGCGGCCGCUCGUCGUGCGUCAGUCCGGACUGAGGCCGAUCUGUCACAUCACAGCCAUCCGUCGACCAGACUCCCUCCACCGGCUUCUCUCUCAGGGACGACCCCGCUUAUCGUUUUCAUUUUUUUUCUGGGAUACGUGAGAAAUGGGUAAAGACUACUACAAAACACUGGGCAUCUCCAAAGGAGCCACGGAGGAGGACAUCAAGAAAGCCUACAGAAAACAGGCUCUGAAAUGGCAUCCGGACAAAAACAAGUCUGCAGCCGCCGAGGAGAAAUUCAAGGAGAUCGCUGAGGCUUAUGAAGUCCUGAGUGAUCCGAAGAAAAGGGAGAUUUAUGACCAGUAUGGAGAGGAAGGUCUUAAGGGAGGAAGUGGACCCACUGGUGAUGGACCAGGCAACACCUUCACCUACACCUUCCACGGGGAUCCUCACGCCACCUUCGCCACUUUCUUCGGUGGCUCAAACCCCUUCGAGAUGUUCUUCGGGCGUAAAGCCAAUGGGCGAGACGACGAGGACAUGGAGGUGGAUGGGAACGACCCCUUUGGCUCCUUCACCAGCUUCAACCUGAACGGCUUCCCCCGGGACGGCCACAUCGGGCAGCAGCGCCGGAAGCAGGACCCGGCCAUCGUCCACGAGCUGAGAGUCUCCCUGGAGGAGGUCUUCCAUGGCUGCACCAAGAGGAUGAAAAUCUCCCGCAAGAGGCUGAAUCCAGACGGCAGGACCAUGCGCAACGAGGACAAGAUUCUCACCAUCGAGAUCAAGCGGGGCUGGAAGGAGGGGACCAAGAUCACGUUCCCACGGGAGGGUGACGAGUCGCCGAACACCAUUCCUGCCGACAUUGUUUUUGUCAUCAAGGACAAGCCACACCCUCACUUUAGGCGGGAAGGUUCCAACAUUGUGUAUCCUGUUCGCGUGAGCUUACGACAGUCGCUGUGCGGAUGCUCGGUUACCGUGUCAACAAUAGACGGCAAGACGUGCAACAUGAAGAUCACAGACGUCGUCAAGCCCGGCUUGAGAAAGACUGUGGCUGGACAGGGCCUCCCCUUACCCAAAAACCCCGAGCAGAGAGGAGAUCUGGUGGUGGAGUUUGACGUGAACUUUCCAGAAACGUUGCCCGGCAACGCCAAGGACGUCUUGAAGCGGCAUUUACCUGCUUAGGACGAAGGACAGGGACAGAAUGAGGGGAGACAACCGCAUGACAGCACUCCCCUCGUUACCAAACAAACUCACAAGGACAGUUUGGACAGCUCACAGAUGGACCUCCUACUAACUAAUGAGCAGUUUCUAUUUUUGAGCUGGUUGGUGUUUUUAUAAAUACCGUGCAUGCUGCCGAGUCGAUACAGGCGACAGACUGACCGUUAAUAUCUGAAAGUACAUAUUUUAUGUACGUGGGUCUUUUUCACAAUCACUUUAUCUUUUUGUUUGAUGGAAGUGUUUGGCUGUGAAUGAAUCAACAGUUGCCAAAAAAAAAACAAAAAAAAAACUGCAGUGCCAAACCGUACAUUUUCGUGCUCUCAUUUUAGAUUGUAUCAGUUUGGAGGCUGUCUUAAAAAUCAGUGUACAAGUUAUUUAAGAGGAAAGAAGUGGUGGAGUGAAAUUAAGAAUCUUACAUGUGAAGAUACUGAACUUGAAUUUUAAAAUAAAUAUUUCCACAUGAA